GACACGUCAGUUAUCACUCACAAACUCGCACUAAAUAACAGAAAUCUGAAACUCCCAACGUUCGACAUCUCUCCUUAUUCCUUCUAACUAAAACUACCCUUCUUCAACCAAACUUCCUACGCGCAGCUCCCCCUUCCCCAUCCACGCGCCGCCCUUCCCCACAACCACACCCACCCUCAUAAAUUUCCACCUCCCCUUUUUUUUUUUCAGUUUUCCUAUGCUAUUAUUCAGGCCCUGUGUAGUAUGGGCGGUGUGACGUCAUUCAUCGCCGCGAAAUUUGCCUUUUUCCCACCGAAUCCACCAUCGUACACGGUUGUCGCCGACGAAUCAUGCGGCGGCAAGCUAUGCAUACCUGAGGUACCAAGGAGGGAAAACGUGGACGUUUUGAAGCUGCGCACGCGCCGUGGAAACGAAGUCGUCGCGUUAUACGUGAAGCACCCAAAGGCACCCGCCACUACUAUGCUUUACUCGCAUGGCAAUGCUGCUGAUUUGGGCCAAAUGUUCGAACUAUUUGUUGAAUUGGGCCUCCGUCUUCGGGUCAAUCUCAUGGGGUAUGAUUACUCUGGAUAUGGACAGUCCACUGGAAAGUUUGAUGGGAGAUUUAUGGUUGCCUUAUCGAAGCAAAUCAGUCUCCAGCAGGACGUAAAUGAUGGAGAAGAAUUUUUUCGCAAACUUGGAGGUCAUUUAGCUGCCUAGUAUUAUAAAAGGCAUCACACUGAUGACCAC